AUGAACAUCGAGGUUGGGAACGUUUCUUAUACGGGAGCCAUCAUUUCCUGGUCGUCCUCGGAGCCCUGCCUGGAGGACUAUUACCAUAUUAUGUAUAGGCCCAAUUGGAACAGCAUCUUCUCUGGCUAUCUUCGCUACAGCUUCCACCACGAGGAGAAGGUGCCUCGAACAAUCAGCUCCGUGGCACUGGAACAUCUCGCCCCUUCCACUCUCUACUUCCUGUGCAUCAGCUGUAAGAAGGCUGCAUUCCCCUACAGGCACUACUGCACCAUGUUCCACACCCUGGAUAAGAGUCCACUGGCUGCUGGGAGCUCCCUGGUGGAUCCCCAAAUCUCCCUUUGGGUGUUGAUGGCCAUUCUGCUGGCCUGCUUCACAGCCGUCUUAGCCUUCAUCUGCCUCCAGUUCUGGUGCAUCCGUUGCCAUGAGCCUCGAUGGUCUUACAGAGCUGGUCACAUGGAGGAAGCCAAUGGGCUGGUAAGAUGGCCAGAGGAGGCCCCGGCUCUUGGUCAGAGGGAGGAAGACCUGCAGGGGGUCCCCCUGGUGGAAAUGCCACGCAAGAACUCCGGAGCUGGAGCGGAACCAGAAGCUGACGUUGAAGCAGACCAGGAUGCCCCGGACGUGGGUGCCUUACAGAGGGAGGGUGGUGAUCAACCUGCCCUACUGCCUCAUUUUGGGGAGUAAGAGAUGGAUAGGAGGCAGCCCGCAUCAUACAGCCUAAAGCCCUCCAUGCAGUAGGUCUUCUGUAAAAAUUUGUCUAU